UACGCUCUGAGCUCGUUUCCAGAUAGCCUUGCCUUCGUGGCUUCGUGCCCUGUUUCCUCCAUGGCCACUCUCUCCGUUUCAACCUCUCCCUCUCCUCCACCCGCGCAACGCCAACACCCUACAGCCGGCAACCUCCGACUCCCAUCCACCACUUCACCGCCCGCCUCCGCCUCCAGCUCCCCGCAGGCCGGCGCUCUCGCCGCCCUAUCCUCCCUCCUCUCCUCCGGCAGCCCCGCGAGCUCGCGCCCUUCCGUCUUCCCCGGCGCCAUCCGCGCCGCCGCCGACCUCCGCCUCCCGGGCCUCGGCCUCCAGCUGCAUGCCCUCCUCGCCAAGUCCCGCCUCCUCGACCACGCCUUCUCCGCCUCCGCUCUCCUCCACCUCUACGCCACCCUCGGCCCCCUCCCCCGCGCCCGCCUGCUCUUCGACCGGCUCCCCAAGUCCGACUCCCCCGUGCCAUGGAACUCCAUGAUCCUACGGUGCGCGCAGGAUGGGUUCCUGGACGAAUCGUUCGAGCUGAUGGCGGCAAUGGAGGAGCACGGCGUCCCGGUUGGCACAUCCACCUGGAACGCCGUCAUUGCCGGCUGCGUCCGCGCCGGCGAUGCAGAGCUUGCCGUCCAGUUGCUCGGCGAAAUGGUUUCGGCACCUGGCGUCGCGCCUAAUGCCGCUACGUUUAAUACUCUGCUUCAUGUGAUUGCGGCGUUGCGGCAUGUCGAUGUGGUCAAGGAAUUGCACGCGUUUGUGCUGCGGAACGCCGAGGUUGUGGGGUUCGGGCCUGUGGAUUUGGAUCGGCUCUGGGAGUCCCUGGCUGCAGGGUACAUGCGCAGCUGCUGUGCUGCAUAUGCUGGCCGUGUGUUUCGUGAUGUCAGGGUUAGCACUUGCCAUCUGGGCAACUUGAUGGUUUCUGGAUUUCUCAACUCGGGGCAGCACAGCCAGGCAUUUGAUGUUUUCCGGGAAAUGGCAUUCAGCUGUGCUUCUCAAGCUCAACAUCUUCCAACGGUUUCACUUACGUUGGUCCUUCCUGAAGUUCAUCCGGCAACGAAGAGAGGCUUAGAGAUCCAUGCUUAUGCGUAUCGUCAUGGUUUCGAGUGCGACACAUCGGUGUGCAAUGCUCUGAUGGUAAUGUAUGCAAAGAGGGACAACAUAGACUCCGCGGACAAAAUUUUCCAAGCGUUACUGAAUAAAGACACGGUGUCAUGGAAUACCAUGAUUUCUAGUCAUGCCGUGGUCCAUGAUUUUGAUCUUGCAUUCAAGCUAUUUCGAGAAAUGCAACAUAAUUAUAUAAAGCCUGAUGAAUAUACAUUUACUUCAGUACUUAAUGCUUGUAGCUUUGCCUGCUAUCUUAGGCAAGCAAUGGCUUUACAUGGACAGAUGUUGAAAAUGGGUCUCUGUCAUUCCUAUUUAGAUGAUAUGAAUUCUCUAAUGGAUGCCUAUGGAAAGUGCGGGUCUAUAGAAGAUGCUCAAAAGGUAUUUGAUGAGACUGACAGGAAGGAUACAAUCUCAUGGAAUGUUAUCAUUUCAUGCUAUGGCUAUAGUGCUUCUCCUCAGCAAGCUAUCCAACGUUUCCAUCAGAUGCAAGAUCAGGGCUACAGACCCAACCGUGUCACUUUCAUUGCUCUCCUAGCAGCGUGCAGCCAUGCAGGCUUGUUAGAUGAAGCAUUGCACUACUUUGAGCAAAUGGACAGAGCCUACAAUAUUGCUCCUGAUGAAGCUCACCGUGCCUGCAUUGUGGACUGUUUUGGCAGGGCAGGUCAGCUCGAAAAGGCUUAUGGUUUUAUCAUGGGAAUGUCUAUUGUACCAAAUGCUUGUGUGUGGGGUGCAUUACUUAGUAGUUGCAGGAUACAUGGAAAUAUUGACCUAGCAGAAAUUUGUGCAGAAAAGCUCAUUGAGUUGGACCCUCAGCAUUCUGGUUACUGGAUCCUGCUAAAAAAUAUUUAUGCGAAGGCCAUGAGGUGGAAUGAUGUUACACAACUUCAAGCGGCUAUGAAAGACAGGGGCAUUAAGAAGUGCGCAGGUUAUAGUUGGAUUGAAGUUGGUGACAACGAGAUCCACAGAUUUCUUACUGGUGACCAGCUUCACAAACAAUGUGACCACAUAUACGAAGUACUAGGUGGUUUAACUGAGCAGAUGAUAGAUGAAGGGUAUGAACCUGGAUCCUAGGACAGGCAACACUUUGUCAGCACAGCAUUGUUAUGUUGAGAAACUUCAAUUCAAAAGAACCAUGCUUGAUACAUUAAGACCGUAAUAUUUAAAGUGAUCAUUAUAUGUUGCAGCAAAGAUCAACUGGGCCUUUGUUCAACAACAUUUGAAGCCAGAAGUAUAUUUUUUUUUCUGGCAUGCUGUUGUGAACAUUGCGCAGCAGAAAAGGCUAUAGAAGUUGUUAAAUUGAGGCAAUUGGACAUAAGGUUGCGCAUCACAGGAAGAUCUGGGAAUUGAUCGUUUCUCCGGUGCUUGGGAGGUACCACAAGGUACUGGUACCUCCCCUGUUAUCCACCGUUGAUUACACCACCUCGUCUGGGAAUUUGUACAAAGAAGACUGUUGAGCUUGACCCCCAGCAUUCCGGUUACUUGAUUCUGGUAAACAUAUUAUGCGAAAGCCAUGAGGUGGAAUGAUGUUGUACAACUUUGAGCAGAUAUGAAAGACAGGGCAUAAAGAACUGUCCAGGUUACAGUUGGAUCAAAGUUUGUAACAAUGAGCUCCACAAAUUUCUUUAUGGUGACCUGCUUCACAAAUAAUGCAUGUAUGCAACCACACACAUAUACGAAGUACUCCGUACUAGGUUUGGUUUAACUGAGCAGCUGUUAGAUGAAGGGUAUGAACCUGGAUCCUAGGACAGGGAAUUCUUUGACGAUACAGAAAUAAGGCGUGUGGUUGAUGUGAAUAAUGGAACGGCAGAAAAGGCAACAGAAGCUGUUGAAUUGCAGCUAUUAGACAUAAGUUGAGCAUCAAAGGAAGAUCUGACAAUUGAAUCAUUUGUCGCUUGGACCAGAACUGCAGUUCAGAGUUGCCCGCCCAGUUGAAAUGUCGAGCUACAUUCUCGCCCAAAAAAAUGUCGAGCUAUAGUCAUUUUACUGUACUGCCUUAAGAUAGCACAUUGCUUUAAGUAUUACAGAACAGAGCGCGAUCAUGGUUGGAUACCAAUUAAUCGUUGUCAGGCUUAGCAUCAAUGCCUUCCUUCUAUUUUUGUUUUCUUCAAGGAACGACUAGCACUCCAAGGAUCCCAUUCAACAGAGGGCAUGUGUUUUUUUUUCUUUUUUGGAACAAUAGAGGACAUAUAUUCUGAUAUCCACAAUAUUCAUUGUACCUGCCU